GAUGCGUCAGGCAAUUACGGCGCGGGAAAGGCUUGCUGUCACAGUGCGUUUCCUAGCGACCGGAAACACUUACAAAGAUUUGGCCUAUUCUACACGAAUAGCGAACAACACGCUCUCCCGUAUGAUACCAGAGACUUUGACGGCCAUAGCAAGCGUGUUAGGAGAUAAUGCGACACAGUGUCCACGUGAUCCUGCCGAGUGGAAAGUAAUAGAAGAUGGGUUCCACAGCCUCUGGCAAUUCCCGCAUUGCAUUGGAGCACUUGAUGGGAAACAUGUCAAGUUUAGGCCUCUGCGCUCUGAUGGUUCAUCAUUCAGAAACUACAAAGGUCACGACAGCAUAGUUCUUUUAGCUCUAGUAGAUGCUAAUUAUAAAUUUUGUUUGUGGACAUUGGCAGAAAUGGAAGAAUGA